UUUAUAAAUUAUUUAUUUGUAAUAUAAUUAUAAAUUAAAGUUAUAUUUAUAUUGAUGAAGCAAUGUGUGGAAUAUUUUGUUGCGUUUCACAAAAUCACAAAAGUAGUAUAAAAAUUUCACAUGAGUGGGAAGUUUGCAAAAAUUUAGUAAGUGCUCGUGGCCCUGAUGGAAUACAAGAGAAAUUUGAAAAUUUAACUCCAAAUUGGUUUGGACAUUUUGUUGCUUCUGUAUUAUGGAUGCAAGGUUCUAAUUUGAGUGAACAACCUCUCAUAGAUUCUAAUGGUAAUAUUCUUCUUUGGAAUGGAGAUAUUUUUUCUGGAAAGUUGGCUCAAGAUAAUAUGUGUGAUACUAAUGUGCUAUUGAAUGCUUUGCAGUCAUCUUCAAAUAUACUAACAGUAUUUCAAGAAAUCCAAGGCCCAUAUAGCUUUAUAUAUUUUCAAAAAUCUAGUAGUCUUCUAUAUUUUGGGAGAGAUAUUAUAGGGAGACACAGUCUACUUAUAAAAAUAAAUACUGAUAAAAAUGUUUUAACUUUAACAUCAGUUGCCAGUAAAGAAAUAAAUAAAAUCAUAGAAAUUCCAGCAGUUGGAAUUUUUGUUAUGAAUUUAGCUAAUUUGAGAGUAAAUCUUGCAUGCUAUCCAUGGAAAGAGCUAGAUUUACAAUUUACAGAUAUUAUUGAGACAUUAGAAACACAUUUGGGGGUGGACAUUGAUAUUAAACAAACUAUAUUAAAACCAGCUACAUCAAUUUUUUUACAUUUACAUCCUAGUGUUAAAGAUAUAGAAUAUUUAGAGAGUAGUUCUUAUUUAGAGAAUUCAUGUAAAGUAUUAGAGUAUUUGUUAGAAAAUAAAGAUAUCCAUGAAAGAGUAGAUCAUUUAUUACAGCUUCUUUACAAAGCUGUAGAAGUUAGAAUAAUAAAACAGCCAAAAUUCUGUAAAACAUGUAUUAAAUUAGUAUUAAACAAAGAAAAUGUAGAAUGCAAUCAUUCGAAAAUAGGUAUAUUAUUUUCUGGAGGCUUAGAUUCUGCUAUUUUAACAUUAAUCGCCGACAAAUAUGUAUCGCAACAUGAACCUAUCGACUUGAUCAAUGUUGCAUUUGAAAAAUCAAUUAACACAUCUAAGAAAUCCAAUGCACAUAAUGCAAAACGAGAUAUGGAGGACAAGUAUGAUGUUCCUGAUAGGAAAACUGGAAAGCAAACUUUUAUAGAACUUUCGAAGAUUUGCCAGAGACGAAAAUGGAAUUUUAUUGAAGUAAAUGUUAGUCAGACGGAAUUACAGAAAUAUCGUUCUUCACGAAUUUGUAAUUUACUAUAUCCAUUAUGUACUGUAUUAGAUGAAAGCUUAGGUUGUGCUGUGUGGUUUGCAAGUCGUGCGAAAGGUACAAUUCAUUCGAAUCCAAAUACAUAUGAAUCUUCGUGUAGAGUACUUCUCUUAGGCAUGGGGGCAGAUGAGCUGUUUGGUGGAUAUAUGAGACAUAGGACGAUAUUAAAACAUAAAGGGUGGGACGCAUUAAUGCAAGAAUUAAAUAUUGAAUUAGAUAGAAUAUCAGAAAGAAAUUUAGGCCGCGAUGAUCGUAUUGUAUCAGAUCAUGGAAGGCAAUCUAGACUGCCGUAUUUAGAUGAGAACGUCUUAGAAUAUGUUCAAAAAUUAAAACCAUGGGAAAGGUGUUAUCCAACAGAUAAAAUGCCAUCAGGCUUAGGAGAUAAAUUACUUUUACGUUUGGCAGCAUAUAAACUUGGUUUUCGAAAUACUGCUAAUUUUCCUAAGAGAGCUUUUCAGUUUGGAUCUCGAAUUGCUAACAGCAGAGAAAAUGCUAAAAGUAUAUCAGGUCGUUUGUGAAACAAUGAUAUUAUUUAAUAAAGAAUAAUACACAUACAU